AUGCCUUGUGACCCACAAGCUUUUGCUCAAUUCUUCCGGGCUUUCGAAACCUUUUAUAGGCAAUGUAGGCCUGGGACGCUGGGGCAUCCUGCCCCGGAACCUUCGCAGGAGGUAAUACCCGACACCCCCCCGAACAAUCAAGGGCGGCAGGGAACUGCAGCCGCUGUGGGAGGUGGCGCCCAGUCAGAAAACUCGAGUGCAGGGCGUCCCAAUACCCGUGCCCAGGCAGCCAUGACUAGGAGGGCCAACCAAGCCGUCGGAGUUGGUAAGGCAUCAGCAAAAGGGUCCGGCAAGGGGAAGGCCUCUGCCAAGGGAGCAAGUAGCAAUGCCUUUUCACAAGUGGUAGACAUUCCUAGUGUGUUUCAGGAGCAGCAGCCCCAUCACAGCUCAACCGAGGACAGUGCCGGUUCAGGCUUGGAAGAGGAGCACAGGGAGCCUCAAGCUGCUCAGCCAGUAACCAGCGCGAUCGCAGCCAACACAGAGGUGCAGGGUGGAAAAGGAAAUCAAAGAAGAAACACACGUCUGCCAAGAAGAAAAGGAGCAGGCAGUCCGAGACAGAGGAUGAUUCAGGUACGUCAUCUUCGGAUUCCGAUAGUGAGGGCCCCAUGGAUGGUUACUGGGGUUUAGGUGAAGGGAAUCAUGGGAUCCCACUUUGGGCACAUGAGAGAAGAGCCAAUUCUCAUCGUAAAACUUUCAAUGGUGUGCUGGACUGGAAAGAUGGGGCACUGGUCGAUGACGUAAAGGUUGCCACCAACCAGUCCACUGAUUUCAUAUUGGGCAACCAUUUGUCCCAGAAGAAGAGGAAUAAGAUCCUCAACGGGGACUAUGUUGACAUGUUUACCCUGCUCCCACCUACUAAACUUAUAGGAAAGGGAGAAAGGAGACGAUCCUCCGGUAAAGGGAGGUACAGGACCCCUAGGGCGGAGCGCACCUUCAAGAAUUGGCUGGAUGGGUACCAGGUAUUCAUGGGUGUCGUUUGCGCUGCUUAUCCUCGGCGCUCCAUGGAUUUGGUUGCUUAUCUGGCUCAUGUUAGACGGGCUCACUCGCUAGCAGGGGAACAGGCAGCUCUAACAUAUGAUGAGAACUUCCGUAGGAAUGCUUCUCUCCUCCCUUCCACCCGAUGGGACCUAACGGACCCUAACUUUUGGGGCGAGGACGUUAAUCCCUACAUUGAAAAGAAAAACCAGGGACCAAACAAGGCGGGUAAGACAGAGGUCAAGCGGCGUCGCCUCUGCUGGGAGUUCAACAAGGGCGCAUGCUCGAGACCCUCCUGUAAGUACUUACAUGAAUGCGACCGGUGCUGGGGAAACCACCCCGCCUCUGCAUGCUUCAAGAAUAAGCAGCAGCCCUUUCGGGGAGGCAGGGGGUACUUCCACAACAACAGUAGAGGUGCCCCCGGAUCUUCCAACCAGGGUCCCGGUAACCGCCAGUAA